CCCGGCGAAGGCCGUAACUAACCCCAGCCAGAGAAUGAGAAGCCAAACAAAGAAAACCUAGAAAAUAAGGAGCGGCUGGCGGGGAAAAAAAAAAAAAAAAAAAGCGGUGAGAAGCGGGGCCGGAGCCAUGGCUUUCCCCGAGCCAAAGCCGCGGGCACCCGAGCUGCCGAAGAAGCUGCUGAAGACGCUGGACUGCGGUCAAGGAGCGGUGCGAGCCGUGCGAUUUAAUGUGGACGGCAACUACUGCCUGACGUGCGGCAGCGACAAGACGCUGAAGCUGUGGAACCCGCUGCGGGGGACGCUGCUCCGCACUUACAGCGGCCACGGCUACGAAGUUCUGGACGCAGCCGGCUCCUUUGACAACAGCAGUCUCUGCUCUGGAGGUGGGGACAAGGCGGUGGUACUGUGGGAUGUGGCCUCCGGGCAGGUCGUGCGCAAGUUCCGGGGCCACGCUGGGAAAGUGAACACGGUGCAGUUUAAUGAAGAAGCCACAGUUAUCCUGUCCGGCUCUAUUGAUUCCAGCAUCCGCUGCUGGGACUGCCGUUCUCGGAGGCCUGAGCCAGUGCAGACGUUGGAUGAAGCCAGAGAUGGGGUGUCCAGCGUGAAAGUGUCUGACCACGAGGUUCUUUCAGGCUCUGUGGACGGCCGUGUGAGACGCUAUGACCUGAGGAUGGGCCAGCUCUUCUCAGACUACGUGGGCAGCCCUAUCACCUGCACGUGCUUCAGCCAUGAUGGCCAAUGCACCCUUGUGUCCAGCCUGGAUUCCACGCUGCGGCUUCUUGACAAGGACACUGGAGAGCUACUGGGCGAGUACACAGGCCACAAGAACCAGGAGUACAAGCUGGACUGCAGCCUCAGUGCACGUGACACACAUGUGGUCAGCUGCUCUGAAGAUGGGAAGGUGUUCUUCUGGGACCUGGUGGAGGGUUCCCUAGCACUGACCCUGCCCGUGGGCCGAAGUGUGGUGCAGUCAUUGGCCUUCCACCCCAGUGAGCCCUGUCUACUCACCGCCAUGGGGGGCAGCGUGCAGUGCUGGCGCGAGGAGGCCUAUGAGGCUGAGGGGGCAGCAGGCUGAAGCCAUGGACCCCCACCAGGCCAGAGAACCAAGAGCAACUGCAAGGACCCAGGACUACAGAGAGACAUUUAUUCCACAGACACUGCUAACGGAGGAGGAUCACAGUAGUAUCCUGAUAAAUAGAGGAGGGGAAGGCCUACGAGCUGUGUCUA